AUGCCAGCGACCGUGAGUCACGAGGUGCUGCGGGCCCCUGUGGCCUCAGACAUGGAGACCUGCCGCCAGAACCUGCUGGAUGUCGUCGGCCAGCGGCACCCCAUGCUCCUGGCUGCCGCCAACCAAAUCUUUUCUGCGGGGGGAAAGCGACUGAGGCCUCUCAUCGUGCUGCUGGUCGCCAGGGCCACGCUUCCUAUCACCGGCAUGCCUGACCUUGACGAGAAGCACAGGAGGCUGGCGGAGAUCACGGAGAUGAUCCACACGGCCAGCCUGGUCCACGACGACGUGCUGGACGAGUCCAGCUUGCGCAGAGGUAAAGCUACUGUGAACAGCCUGUUCGGGUCCCGGGUCGCAGUGCUGGCUGGCGACUUCCUAUUUGCCCAGUCGUCCUGGUUCCUCGCCCAGCUGGAGAACCUGGAGGUGAUCAAGCUGAUCAGCCAGGUCAUCGCCGACUUUGCCGACGGAGAGAUCAGCCAGGCCAGCCUCCUCUUCCAGACAGACAUCACCCUGGAUCGGUACCUGGACAAGUCGUUCUACAAGACUGCCAGCCUCAUUGCUGCCAGCUGCCGAUGCGCGGCCGUCUUCUCAGACUGCAGCGAACCCGUCAAGGACGCGAUGUAUGCCUACGGCAAGCACCUGGGCCUUGCUUUCCAGAUCGUCGACGACAUCCUGGACUACACGCAGAACGCCGAGACCCUGGGCAAGCCGCAGGGGCAGGACCUGGCCUCUGGGAACCUCACGGCCCCAGCCUACUACGCCUUGCAGGAUCCGAGCACCAGCAAGGAGCUGAGCCGCCUCAUCACCUCACGAUUCGUGGAGGAGGGGUCCACAGCGCGAGCGCUGGCGCUGGUCACCGCAGGGGGCGGCAUUGCAAGAUCGCUGGAGCUGGCAAGGGAACAGGGUCAAGCCGCGCUCGCAGCCCUGAGCUGCUUGCCGCCCUCGGCCUCCAAGCGGUCCCUGGAGGGGCUGGUGGAGUACGUGCUGCAGCGCCUUUUCUGA